AUGGGAUGGCAGAAUUUAAUAGUGAAAAAGGAAUUCAUUUUAAAUCUCUUUUAUCGGAGCCAAUUUUGCAACUCUUAGAAUGGAUUGAAAUAGAGUUCCACUUCAUUCAAUCUUUAUUAUAGAAAAGAUAAAAGUGAGUAAAUCAAUAAGGUUAAGUAAUAUAAUCUAAAAAAAGUGCAAUCUGUAUCCUUUAGAAAUUUAAUUAAAGUCCAAAGAUUAGAUAAUACAAUUCAAGAAGAAUUAUAAAAGUUGGAAGUUCGGUAUCUGCACAUUAAUCAUCUAAUAGAGAAAAAUAAAGUUAAAUUAUAAUGAAUAGAUAACCAUCUGAAAUAAAACCAUAAUAUUAGAGAAUAUAGUCUAUCAUAAAAGCAACAACAAUAAUUCAUAACUUAAUGAACAUAGUUAUCAAUCGAAAAGUAAGGUAAUAUUAAAAAAAGUAGAAAGCAAAAGUAAUACAAAGAUAUCGUAUAAAGUAUUUAAAAAAGUUGUGUAAAAUUCUGUUCUAAUUGAAAAACAUUUUUUAGAAUAUUUUUAUCAUCCUGUCCUUGUUAGUAUGUCAUAUGCAUUAUAAGACAGGGGCAAUCUAUAUUUUAGGUUAUAUCUUAAUAAAUGGUAUUAUACAUAGAGAUUUAAAACAACUAAACCUAGCACCAGAGAAAGAUGGAUACAUGAGAUUGACUGAUCUAUAAAUGCACAUAUAAAUGAGAGAAACAAUGCUGGAGAUAUUACUGACAUCCAAAGUGAUGUGUAGAAUGAAUUGUUUUAUUGUUGCAGAUGAUUUUUCAUUAAGAGUUAUAACAUAUGAAUUAAUGCAUAUAAUGGUAGAACAAGAUAAGAUAUUCAUCUAAGUUAAAUAAAUAUAAGCAAGAAGAGAAGAAAGAGCUUAUUAUUGGAAUGAAAGGGAUAUUAUUUAGAUUAAUUUACUGUAAUACAGUCUAUAUUUAUUUAGAUACAGUUAAUUUAAUGUAAACCUGAAAGAAGAUUAAGAACUAAUGAUAUGGAAGAAAUACUGGCUCAAAGGAUUUAAAAUGGAAUGA